AGUUGUAUUCUCUUGGAGACGGGAGAAAUUUGGUGGUCGCUUUUGGGCGCUGCAAUCCCUGUGCUUGUUGCCGGACAAGCUUUUCGGCUCAAGGCAAGGCACGCAGAAGAGCAGAAGUUGAAGAGUGCAAGGGGAAGAGAAAGGAGUUCGGAUGAGAUCUUUGUCUGUGAAAGGGUCUGCACUUCAAAGAGGAUGUUGAAGAAGGUUGGUUCGUUCUCAAAGGAUCCCAUUCCUGACACCUGUGUCACCGUGUGCGGUGUGUCUGAUCUUGAUGCAUGUGCUGAUGCGUGCGUGCGCACUGUUUGUGUUAACCAGCAUCAAGUGCCUAACUGGAACGACAUAUGCCUUAGAAGAUGCCAAAGUGAAUGCCUGAAACUCUCUUCUCAAUCUUCUUAGGGGUUAGUUGCAUUUUGGGCAAUCAAAUGUUUAUGUGUGCAUGCUGAAUUGUGUUUAGAUGGUUAAUAUUUUGUUUGAUCAUCAUCCUUUCCGGAAACUGUAUGGAAAUGCAAGUCAGGGUAUAGUUAACUAGAUUCUACUAGUUCAUAUAGCAUUAACUUGCUGGAGAUCUAAAUGCUAGUUUCUUUCGCUGCUCAAUUGGUGCACAACAUCAUAGAAAGGGUAAAUUAUGAAACCAAUACAGAACAAGUUAGUUAAAGCUGAAAAUUUCAGACAAUCUGUCUUGGUUAAAACUGGCCAUAGAUCACGCACGUUUCCAAAAAUGGUCAUGUUUAUAUUGUUCAGGACUAGCAUACACAGUUUGUAAUAGAACAUAUAGUUAUUAGUAGGGUUCAUAAUAUCUUGUCUGAAUUCCAUAUGAAUUUACAGGUUAAUGCAGUUUAGUGUUUGUAAGGGCUGCUUUCUCAGUUGAA